ACAGACUGUUUUAAUAACACCACCCGAGCCAACAGGGGUUUCAGAGAGAGCCUAAUUUCAUCUAGACUCAAGAAUACACGGCAUACGGAGACUACGUGUUGUCAUUCGUCGACUGCUGCAUAAGGAUAACGAUUUAAAUCCAGACUUUCGUGCCAACCGGCUCGAACAGAAACGAACGCAAAACGCAGUGGAUGUUGUUGCAUUGUUCGCGUGAAAGGAAGAAUAUCGGUGGUUUGCAGCAUAUCCGCGUGCAGUCUCCCGGAACAGUACUGUUUUGUUGAUUCGUCAAAAUGUAUAAUCGCUGGAAAUAUCGUUACGCUGGAUACCGAUUUCAUUAGAAUAAUUGCAUCGCGUUGGAUUCAACAGCCUUGUAUUGAACUUGGCCUGUAGUGGAAACAGCGUAGCGAUUCUCCAGCGUUUUGCUAAAUCUAUUCAAUUUAUGUUUUUUUGACCAUUCGGUUCAACAGCUUGUGCUGUGCUUUUUCCUAUGAUUAUCAUUUGGCUAUUACCCUCUUAAAUUAUUUGCUCGAUCAACUCAAGCAACUGCAGCGGUCGCUUUGUCUACAUCACAGCAAAUGGGAAUGGAUAUCACGAUACAAAAGAGCCAGCACUCUUUGAAGGUCUAAAGAAGAUCCAGGCUCUUGCCCUUUUUCCUCUUGUGGUCCCUUAUGCUCAAUGACGGCUGUCUCUGGGUCACUGCAGGAUGGAUGAAGUGGAUUUGACAGUUUUUGUCUGUCACCGUCAGUGCUAUCUUCUCAGUGACUGUGUCUUAUUCUUUUACGUUUAUAAAAGAACACCUCCUCUCUUGGGUUCUGGCCCCAUACACUGUAAGAGUAACUGUUAAUAAGGAAUACCCCGCGGAGGGGUCCUCCAGCAAACUCUGUGGUUCACGUGAGCUUUUUUUUUUUGCAUAGCCUUUUUUUUAUUGGAACAGGACAUUUUCUACAAAAGGUUAACGUUUACAUUUGAGUUUUUUUCAUUAUAAUUUAUUUCUACUUUUGAGAUUUUUAUUUGUAUUUUUGCUUUGAGAGAUGUCGUCAGAAAAUCCCAACAAGGUGGUGACCUUCUUGGCCCCACCACCUCCAAAGAAUGUGAAUGGCUCUGGUUCUGACACACUGGUGGGUGAGAAGCUAGACACUGAGGUUAGAAAGCGGCGUCACACCAUGGAUAAAGAUCUCAAGGCUGAGCACAGAUUUUUUAGGCGCAGUGUCAUCUGUGAUUCAAAUGCCACAGCCCUCGACCUGCCCAGUAAAGCCUGCAUCCUCACUUCACCACCGGACUGUGAGCAGUUUGUUGUUCCUGUUUUGCUGGGUUCUGCCCCUGACAUAACAAUUGACCCUCUUGAGGUUGUUUCAGGUGUCGUAGUGGAAGAACAUGCAGAGGAUAUUGAUAGUAGUAAAAGAGGGGCUGGAGCUCAUGGGAUAGUGGAAGUACAGAGUCCGUCUGUUCAGGAUGUGGGUGCGAGGCAGAGUGAUGAUCUAGGGAAAGUGGAGACGGAGCCCAGCCAUGUGGGUGACCAGGAGCAGGACAGGGGUGCAGCUGAUAAACGUGAGGAAGAGGUGGCAAAGGCCCGUGCAGAGGCUGAGCAGAGGGAGGCUGAGAAGAAAGUUCAGGAUGACAUAGAAGAAGUGGAGACCAAAGCAGUGGGCACCUCACCUGAUGGACGAUUUCUCAAAUUUGACAUUGAGAUUGGACGUGGCUCGUUCAAAACGGUCUACAAGGGCUUGGACACUGAGACAACCGUGGAAGUAGCAUGGUGUGAACUUCAGGACCGAAAGUUGUCAAAAUCAGAGCGUCAGCGGUUUAAAGAGGAGGCAGGCAUGUUGAAAGGGCUGCAGCAUCCAAACAUUGUGCGCUUCUAUGACUCAUGGGAGUCGCCGUCCAAAGGACGCAAGUGCAUCGUGCUGGUGACGGAACUCAUGACAUCAGGUACCCUAAAAACGUAUCUGAAGCGGUUCAAGGUAAUGAAGAUAAAGGUGUUACGGAGUUGGUGCCGACAGAUCCUGAAAGGCCUGCACUUCCUGCACACCAGAGGCCCUCCCAUCAUCCACCGGGACCUUAAGUGCGACAACAUCUUUAUCACUGGUCCCACCGGCUCUGUUAAGAUCGGUGAUCUCGGCUUGGCCACCCUCAAGCGUUCCUCAUUCGCUAAGAGUGUCAUAGGUACCCCAGAGUUCAUGGCACCUGAGAUGUACGAGGAAAAGUAUGACGAGUCCGUGGAUGUGUACGCCUUCGGAAUGUGCAUGCUAGAGAUGGCUACCUCUGAGUACCCGUACUCUGAGUGUCAGAACCCCGCUCAAAUCUAUCGUCGAGUCACCAGUGGAGUUAAACCUGGCAGUUUCGACAAGGUUGCCUUUCCAGAGGUGAAAGAGAUCAUAGAGGGAUGUAUUCGUCAAUACAAAGAUGAAAGAUACGCCAUCAAGGACCUUCUGAACCAUGCAUUCUUCCAGGAGGAGACUGGGGUGCGAGUGGAGUUGGCCGAAGAAGACGAUGGCGAAAUGAUCGCCAUCAAGUUGUGGUUGCGCAUUGAAGACGUCAAGAAACUAAAAGGCAAAUACAAAGACAACGAAGCCAUUGAGUUCUCCUUUGACCUUAGCAGGGAUGUUCCAGAAGAUGUGGCUCAGGAAAUGGUUGAGUCAGGCUAUGUUUGCGAGGGCGACCACAAAACCAUGGCCAAGGCCAUCAGGGACCGCGUGUCCCUGAUCUGCCGCAAGCGCGAACAACGACAGCAAGUGCGAGCCGAGCAAGAGAAGCGUAAACAAGAGGAAGAACAGAAGCAGCUGUCCAGCGAGUCUUUGAAAAACGUGUCCAGUUCUACAGGAACCCAAGGUUCUGUGCAGAGUCAUUGCGGAUCCCAGCCCCUCACACCUGGCCUUGUCCAGCCUGAAUGUGAGGAGCACGAGGCAGACCAGCAGCUUCAGUACCCUCAAGCAGCUGAUGGGACUUUUGACAGUGGUCAGGGUUCUUCUGUGUUCUCAGAACCUCACCUCAGCCAGCUCAACAUGUCUUAUAGCUCACCCGCAACGUCACAACUGCAGCAGGUUCCUGGACAGGGUGCCUACCCUCCCACCUCUCAGGCUCCCCAACAGCACACCGCAUAUCCCCAGCAGCCCAUGCCGCAGUCAGUGAGUCAGCCGUAUAGUGGAGGAGGCUCAGGUCUGGUCGAGCCCCCACUGUUUUUCCCUACCAACCUGGAGCGGCCUGUCUCUUUCUCACCCCCUCCGUCUUGCCCGCCUAAAGUUUUCAACGUGCAGCGGCGCAAGAGUACCUCCAUCCUUGAGGCCCACACGCAUCACUUUCAGCCCACCUACCACCGCAGCUACGGCAGUAGUCUGCACCCGUUCUCCGGCAUGGAAGCCAUGGGACCCGGCGUUGACCCCUCCUUGUUCAUGAUGCAAGGAAUAGCCACUCAAAGAUUGGCCGAGCCACUGCAUCUGCAGCCUCCGACGGAUUCUCCAUACGGAUACAAAGAUAUGAGGGCAGAGCAAGAGGAGGCAGUCCGCAGGCUGAGCCUGAACCAGGCUGCAUUAAUGGACCAUCUUGAAGCGAUGGCCUAUGCUGGCUACCCUAUGACACCACAUCAGUUAAGCCACAUCAGUUUCCAUCAGCAGAUGCAGGCUGCCGCUGCUGCCAGCUUGGCUUAUGAGGCACCACCACAACCUGGGUCAACUUACCUGCACCCUCAUGUCCAGAGCCACAUGCACUUGACCCAUAGUCCCAUCCCUCAACUGCCUCCCAUGAGUGUGCCUAGUUCCACCCCUGUGGCACAGCCAACAGUGGCUGCUGCUGAAUCGGGCUACCAGUCCCACUUGUUUCCCCAUUCUGCACCACCUGUCUUAGCCCAAACUGCCGAGCCUUGUUCUGCCUUUGAAUUCCAUAUGCACACACUCCAAGCAGACCCAGCCAUGCUGGCGUCCAGACUUUACAGAACCCGCCGUGGCUCCAUGGACCUUAACUUGGAGGAAGCAGCCAGUAACCCAGGCAUAUGCAGUCGAUUGCAGCCUGUCACAGAAGAACUCUACAGCUACGUAAGCCCAGAGCUGCCCCUUCCCCCAGGUAGUUUGCUUAUCCAUGGACAUAAAGACCACAGUCCUGAACCUUCAAGUGACUCAAUGACCUCCUCUGAGGCUGGCGAGGUCCAUUCACCUCCCCCUCAUCAGUUGUACCAACCUCUGGACUGUUCAGCUGCUCAGUCCAUUCCACAAACUUCUUAUUACAAAGCAGUCGGAGGGAGCAACGUCAGUGACGGACAUCCACCCAGUCAGCCAAUGUUUAUGUUUGUUCCACCUUCUGAAACGACCUGCGUUCCGUCCUCUCACAUCAACGCUCUGCACAGUAACUGGGCCUGGCAAACAACCCUUCAACCAGACCUCGCAUACCACGAGCCUGCCCUGUCCCAUCAGGGCACUGCCUUGCAGGUUCAGGUCCCUAUUCCCCAGUCCACAAGUGUCCCUGGGUCCCUGGUUUCCUGCAGCACGCCACCGGCUGUCCCUGCUCCUCAGCAGUAUGGAGGUUACUACGUCCAAGCACUCCCUUCGCAGGCUGCUGUUCCACAGCAGGCGCCCACAUUCCAGCCUGGUGUCUCAAUAGCCCAACAGCAAACUCCCCAACAGCCUACCAGCACCAUCGUUCAGACCACCUCCCAGAUGCAUGUCCAGCCAGGGCCGCAGCCCACACAGCUUUGCAAUACGACUCCUGGUGUGCCACCUGUGACAGUGACGCUUUCACUCCCGGUAACACUGGUGCAGCCUCCUGAAGUGCUGAUGUGCUCGGCGCGUGUAUCUAUGCCACCCACGUCCCCAUCGUUGCCGCCACCUGCCACGUCACUGCAACCUCAGUUGGUUCAGCCUCUAGUGACACCUGUGCCAACCAUCCUUGUGGCCACAAUGCCCACCCCUACCAAACAGCCAUGUUUGCCUGCAGACGUGCCAGUCAAGACAUCUCACACCAUCUCUCAUACUUUGACAACAGAGCUGUCACAACUUCAAACUCCGGCACUGGAGAGCUGUCUCUCUGAUGUGGCGUCUGGGCUCAGUGAUGGCAAUGAGGGCGUAACGGGUGGCAGGCAUGAGGGCCGUUCUGCCAAACGGCAUCAGCGAAGAUCAGUGCGCAGCCAUUCACGCCAUGAAAAGACCUCUAAAGCCAAGCUCAACGUUCUAAAUAUCUCCAGCAUGGGCGAUAGAGUUGCGGAAUGUCAGUUAGAAACGCACAACAGGAAAAUGGUGACUUUCAAAUUUGAUCUUGAUGGUGAUAACCCAGAGGAAAUUGCACAGAUAAUGGUUCAGAGUGAAUUCAUUCUAGAGAGUGAGCGCGAGUCCUUCAUUGAACAGAUCCGAGAGGUUAUAGAAACAGCAGAUGAGAAAGGUGUGGAAAGAGAGCGCAGCCAGAUGGUCACCAAUCAAGAGCAAUAUAUACCUACCAUAUCUGCACCUCUUGAGCAAGGUAUCCCACCUAGUUCAGCUGCCCAGGUGGUCCACUCAGCAGGCCGCAGAUUUAUCGUGAGUCCAGUUCCCGAGUCCAGACUGAAGGAUCAGUUCUUCAGUUCGCCCCAACCAGCAGUUCCCCUUCGAGAAGAGCCUUCUUCCUCUGCUUCAGUCGCACCACCUGCUUUGGGGCUCUCUGUGUCUGCGUCUGCAGUCAGUCUACAGCAGGCAUUCUCCGAGAUGCGUCAAGGCCGAUUUGAACCUGGUCCCAGCACUGCGCCACCAAUGCUUCAUAACACUAUGCCUCCACUAGUACCUGCUGCAACACCCUUGCCCACCAGUGCAGCCCCAGUGGCCUCACCCCCACUAGCAUCAGUGUCUUCUGAAGUAAUUUCUUCACCAUCUUUACCUUCCGUUUCAGUCAACCCACAAGUGUCAUCUUCUCUUACCCUUCAGCAGUUGCCUACCUCUGCUGUGGCGUCCCCUGCGACCCAUUCACAGCCAGGCACUCAGAUUCCUUUACCUCCAAGUCAGACAUCAGUCCCUAUGCCUGAGCCCAUUAGCACAGCUGUACCCACUGCCCACCCUGUGGCUCCUUUGAAUAUUGUGGGCUCUGUUUCCGGAGGCAGUGGUGAACAGCCGCCCGCUUCCUCCACCACAGCUCAGCUCACGGCGGCAGCGAUCCCUACCACAGUAAUUCAGACGCCACAACUUGCACCAUCCACCAUGGCCACUACGGUUAUUCCCGUGACAGUUGCCCUGCCUCAAGUGCCCACCCUCCAACCGGUCACCACCAACAUACCAGUUGUGCAGCCCACGCCCGUGCACAGCCAACCUCAGACUGCCACUGUGCCCAACCAGAGCAACGCGCAUUGUGUGGAAUGCGAAAACGACCCGCAGGGAAAAUGCGUAGAUGACAUCCUAGCUCUGGAUAAGAAGCUGCGCUCUCUCUUUAUGGACCUAGGCUCUGGUCCCUCCUCCCAAACAGAUGCCACAGACACCAUGACUACCCCAGGUGUCCCUGGGACCUCCUCGCCAACUAACUGUGCCACCCCUUGUGGCACCCCUCUCCCUCCAUCUAGUUUACCCUUGAACUCCUCUGGCCAGCCCACAGGCUCCCCGAUGACUACCAUGGGUAAUCCGUCCACCCCUGUGGGCUACGGUCAGACAACCCCAUCCAAAGCUCCUUUAUCAAGAUUACCGGUGUUGCCUGUCGGCCCAGAUCAGGCUGGCACGCCGCCCACAGAGCACCUACCACCCUUCCCAGGACCUUGUUUAACUCAGUCUCAGCAGCCACUGGAAGAUUUGGAUGCCCAACUGAGAAGGGCACUGAGUCCAGAGACCGUCCUAAUCAACAGUGUCACACACCAGUCCUCUUUCACCGGUAUGCCACCUGGAGGACAGCCAGUUCCGUUUUCUCUAGAUGGAGAGCCUGCACCUGCAGUUGGAGGUUACAAACUUGGACGAUUCCAGGUGUCAGUAGCUUCUGAUGAGUGUGCCCAGCAGGAUCCCCCCAGCUCCCACAACUCAUCUUCCACAUCAUCUUCCUGCACCACCUCCUCAUCAUCCUCAACCACUCUUUCCAGCCCUGAAAACACAUUGCACAGAACCUCCUCUCCACUCAGACACACAACAGCAGAUGUGGUUGACGGCCUUACCGCUUUCCCCAGACAGACGGCCGUCUCCCCCCAGCCCACCACCAUCGGCCGUUUCCAGGUCACCACCAAGACGGACACCAAGGUGGGGCGUUUCUCAGUGAGUAGCGCCCAGGACGAGGCUCCUCCUGCUAGCCAGCAACCCUCAGAACCCCAGCCAGUACCUCAGGCCCAUCCAGCCAUGGGAAAUGGUCCAGCCCAGAGUCCUGUUAGCCUCAAGAACUCUGUCAGCUCCUACUUAAGCAGCGACAAUGACUCUGAAUUUGAAGACGAAGACUUCAAAAGAGAAGUUGGAAAGCUGAGAGAAAAGCACAUGAUGGAGAGUCAGGCCUUGUACAGCCGACAAAAGGCAGAGAUCGAUGCCCUUUUCACCCGCUUAGGCAAAGUUCCUCCCGCUAUGGUCAACCCGCCUGUAGUGAACUCAGCUGGUCGCAGACGACGUCCCACCAAGAGUAAAAGCAGCAAAUCCAGCCGUGGCAGUUCCCAGAGCAGCAAGAGUCCCAUACAGCCAGCAGCCAGCACUUUAUCAGCGCAGAGCGCUCCCUCCGUGUACCUAUCCCAGCAGGGGUUCCUGGCCCCUGGGGGGAUGAUAGAUGGAGGGAGUAGCCCUCUGCUUCAGUCCUUCAAACCCUCUAAUGAGAACAUCUGCUCCGCUUACACCAGUGACGCCACGCUCUCUGCGCCCAGUUUGUGUGUCACCUCGCAAGGCUGUGUAAAGUUCAGCUGUGGGUCGGAGAGAGUGACCUUCAAACCAGGUGGCAGAAGGACGCGUUUUCUGAGUACGCCCUGCUUGGCUCUUUGGAAGAUGGUGAAAAAAGUGUGCCCCUGCAACCAACUCUGUAGGACGAGCAGUACCAACACAGUGGCGGGAAGCAGUCUGAAUCAAAUUCAGACCCCUGUCUCUCAGUCCCAGAGCUGCAAGGGCAUGUUCACAGACGAACUGCACAAGCUGGUGGACAACUGGGCCAGGGAUGCCAUGAACCUGUCCCAGGGCAAGAGAGGCUCCAAACAGCAACAACAAGUUCCUGUUCAGAGCCACAGCUAUGAUAUGGUCCCUCCUGCCAAAAUGGGUCGUAAAUACUCUGCUCCAGGCCAGCUGUGCCCGAGCAUUGCUUCUACCCUGAGUGGCCAUCCGCCUAUGCCCAACACUCCCUCUACCUCUUUGGGGGCCCGGAAGGGUUCCUUGUGCCCCACGCUACAGUAUGGCUACCCCUCUGCACCUUACAGUGCCCAGUGGACUGGCUCAGCUGCACACACCCAGGCCGGCCUGCUGGCCACCUCGCAAACCCUGGGACAGUUUCCACAGGUGCCCGCCCCCAUACAGACCUUCCACAUCAGCACUUUGCAAAAGUCAGUCAGCCACCCUGGUGGACCCAACCUGAAGACCACGUAGGGCAGGGCCUAGCCACGCCAGGCCAAAAUAACUCUUGAUUGGGGGUGGGGACAGUCACACAGAGAGGCAUGGGCUCUAGACUAACAGGAAUUGGCUUUGGCGUAGGCUUGGGCAAGUGUGAUUGCAUUUCAGUCUUUUCCGAAGUUGGCACAAGAUAUUCGGUCAAAAGUAUUCUUUUGGAUGAUGGAGGGAUUGAAUAAGAUAGAGCCAAGAACAAAUACACAAAGGAAGAAGAUGCAAGAAUGCACAUCAAACCUGCAGAAUAUGCCAUGGGGUGAAUGCACAACGACGCAAGGGAAUAGAGAAGACGCAUCUAAAACAACGCAUGCAAGAGUGCAAUGUUAAGUGGCCAAAGAAGGUUGUGACAAUUUGUAUUGUUUAAAAGGUAUCCUUCACCACUUAGCCCCAAACGUGUUACUCUGGAUUAAAGUUGAAGGGGUUUCGUGUUCACCAGUAUACAGAGGUUUGCUGACCUAAGAUGGAAUUUUUGUCACCGCCACACUCCCCGGCCUUUAUAUCCUCCUGAUAAAUGUAUACUCACUGACUGGCCUCUAAAUGGACCAGAUCAGCAAACAGAGGCCGAUUUGGAGCCGGGCAGGUGUCGGUGACUGGCAGAGAGAUCAACCUAGUGUUCUUGUUUCCCUCUUGCCCCAAAAGCCUCUGCUGCAAUGCCAUGGAAUAAUGCAAUAAAUACAACAUUAGAAAAAAGCCCAUUUUAAAACCCAAAAAGUGGCCUUCAUUCGAUAAAAACAAAAAUCUGUGGACAGAUUGUCCUUUGUUUUUAAAUUGGGUUAUGAGGGUUUUGAUUCCAUACGUUUGAUUGUUUUGUUGGUUCGUUUAGUCCCUAUGCCCUUCAAGCUGGCCUUGUGUAGCAGAAUGUUAGGGAGAUUUUCUUUGUGUUUCAUGUUCAGAGGCCUUUCAGCUGCCCCCAAGGGUUGUACUACAAAGCUCUGCUAGAGCUCCCAGCAUGACUUUGCAGAAAACUCGCAUGCAUGCCAUCCUCUCUCGCUUCUCACAUUGGGCCACACUGUCAAGGUGACGUGUAAUAUAGUUUUAAAAAUCAGAUCUAUUUCGUUGGAGGGGGAUGUCACCAUAGUGGUCACCUUUCAGGCUGACUUUCUUUGAUAUUGGAUUGGAUAGGAUUGGUCCCCCUCUCACGCCCUGGAGGCCCGUGAAGCUUUAAAUCUAAUGUAACAGCGUUUUCAAAUCAUGGCAGCAUUAGGGGCCUCUUACGAUAGUUUGAUUGAGACAUUCAAAUAAGAGAAGUUGUGUUCUGUAUGGACCUGUAUUUACUCAUCAGUUUUUGAUGUUGAAACACUGUGAUUAUUAUAAAUGUUGUUGGACAACAUUAGUUUAAAUGAAAUGUAGAAAUAAAAGCGUGAAAAUCAGAGGGUUAUAUUAGCGUUCUUGAGAUGUAAUGCUAGCUAUUUCAUUAUUAACAACUUGUUGGAGACACUUUAACCUUUUAAUUUCCCCCUUUGUACUUUAUAUUAUAUUCAUAAAUGUGAAUGUAAAAUGGUUUCAAUUAAUGUACUUGAAGAAACUUCCCUCUGUCCCCACACCCAGUGAGCUUUCUGAAGAUUCUAGUGCCUUGCAUUCAUUUUGUUUUUUGCUUUGGGGUUUGAUACAUAAGGCAGCAGAGAGUGUCAAGCGUUGCGCUUGGUUGCAGUGCUCGUCUUUGUACUUCACGGAGGGUGAAUUUUGGUAUUUUAUGGGAAUGAGGUAAUGUUUUGGGUGCCAUUUUGACUCCGUAAGGACUGAAACUGUUUGAUGACACAGUCCUAAUCUUUGUGCAGUGUGCGAGAACAAGUUGUGAAUAGUUUUGAAGCUUGGGCUGUUUUAUGUUAGGUGCACCAAAUCGCAUCCAGACAGGAGAUCACAAGAACGUCAGGCUUGGUGUCUGUGAAAGUGUUUGAGGUUUGGGUUUUAGAUACUUUGUUCAAACAAACUUAGUAUGCAAGCAAGCACAAAUGUGCCUAAUGCCAGCACACUCUUCCAUAGCAAAGAUUAAUCAUUUGAACACUCUUUGUUGACUGGGUGGAUUUUAAAAGGGAUAGUUCACCCAAAAAUUACAAUUAUGUAAUUUACUCACCCUCACGUUGUUGGGUGAACUAUCCCUUUUAAUGCCACAACCAGUUCUUGUAUAGUGAGGGACCUGCUUUGAUAGGGAUGCGGGACAAGGAAAUUUGACAUGAGACAGUACGUUGCAAGUAUUUCAGAAUAUUCUAUAGUUUGAUGUUUUUGCAUUAUAUGCUAAAGUGGUUGACACCAUCCAGUGUCAAACCUUCUCUAGUGUGUUUAGAGUGGCACGUUUGGUAUCAAAGCAUGUUUGACCAGUAAACUCAAUUUAGUCUGUAACGGGAAGUUAGGAAGCACAGUAAUAAAUUCAGAAAAGUGAAAAAAAGGAAGUUAGCAACCCUCACCAAAACAGGAAGUCUACAGCAUUUAAAGAGUUGCUCAAGUCUAAUGCUGGCAGCGUUCAUCCAUUCCUUUGCUUUGAACUCACACUGCCCAGACAAGUUCUUAUGUUAAUGUGCUGGCAAUAGCCUUUUGGUUUUAUGGCAGAUCAGUAGCUUCCCAUGGGGGAAUCAUUCUCUAUUGUAGCAGUCUCUCAACAUUUAGUCAAGAGCUGUUCAGAUCAGUCUUGUAAAUGCUAUAGUUUAAUCAGAGUAGUAGUAACUGUGCACAGACCUGCAACAUAAGAAGAUGUAAUCUUGCAAAUUAAUAGAGAACGGUCCUAUAAUUCACUAGUAAAAACUGUACAGAUCCUUAAGAUAUUUUAUUUGCCGUAUACACAAACGUAAUGCAGUGAACGUAGUGGAGAUACACCACCAUAACUACUGAAAACAACUGAAUUACAACUUGUUACAUAAUGCUUAGUGUACUGUCUGAGUGAAAUGUGUGGUACCGGAAAACUUCACUUUAGGUCAGCUGUACAGUAUAGAUUCACAACUGUUUCCACCAGCCGCAAGUGGCUGUGUUGUACCUCUGUAUUUAAGUAGCGAUUGCUUUAACAUUAUUUCUUUAACGCUUUACCUGUAGACUGCUCUGUUUUUUACCCAAUCAGUUCACCAUUGCAUUGUUGGGUUUGUUUAAACAUUGCCUUUAACAAAGAGGUCCCACCUACCAAUGAAAUCUGGUUAAUGCUACAUUCUGAAUGCCAUGGCCCGUUCCAAAUACAACGCAAGUGUUAAAUUUGCUCUCCUUUACUGUAGGGGGCGCUAAGGUAACUGCAGUGCAGGACGCACAAUGUUAAUAAAGAUUCAUUAAUGUGACAAGUUUCCCGUUUAUGAAUAUGACAUGUUCCUGAACUCUGAUUUAAAUUAUACAAUAGAACUGAACACUUUUAUUUUCUUUGCAUGAUAGUUUGGUUACAUGUUACACAACCACAAGCUACAGAAAAUGCUCUGAAAUCCUCUCAAAAGUGUCUUGCUGAAUGAAACCCUCAUUCGUUUUACUUUGUAGUCGCUCUCCUGUGGAAAGAAAUGCAACAGAACAAUGUUUACUUAAUGCUACUGACCUGUCAUUAAGUUAUUUUGUUUUGUACUGCUACUUCAUUCAGUGUUUUUCCGUAUGAUAGUUAACAGUUUACAAAAUGUUAAAAAAAAAAAAAUGUUAAAAAAAGUUACGUAAAAUGAAAACCAAACAAAAACAUGUAGGGAAUCAUUGGCAAAGUUUAGCUGUAUGUUUUGCACUAAGUAUAGGAUGUUCAAGCUUCAUAUAAAACUGCGCUUUGCGCUCCAAUAAAACAGCAUUUGUUACCUUAUUUGUAAACUUAAUAAAAGACAUGUAAAUAAA